AUGCCUCGGACUUACAUAAGAAAGAAAAUUAAAUCAUACACUCCACAAGAUUUAGCUCAAGCGAUCGCAAAGGUAAAAAAUGGAGAAUUUACGCAAUAUAGAGCAGCGCAAGAGUACAAAAUUCCAAUGACGACUCUUCAUGAAAACUUAAAAAAAGGUAAAGAAACUACCAGACCAAAUGCAGGUAGACCAACCGUUAUACGCCUAGAAGAUGAGAAAAAAUUAGCAGAAACUGUCAGAAUUAUGGAAAAAUGGGGAUAUGGUCUGUCUAGGUUUGAAAUUAUGGAGCUUGUCGCUGAAUAUGUGCGGGUGAAUAAGAUUCAAACACUAUUUAAAAAUAAUGUCCCAGGCACAGACUGGUUCAUUAAUUUCCGGAAACGACAUAGAUUAUCAAUUAAAAAAGCACAGCCUGUAGAAUUUGUAAGAAGAAAAAUGACAGAUCCAUUCGUCAUUGGUGAAUAUUUCAAUUUGCUCGAAAAUACUUUAAAAGAUUUGGAUCUUUUUGAAAGUCCCCAACUCAUUUGGAACUUAGAUGAAACGUCGUUAUGCCUGGAUCCAUCCAGAACUAAAGUAUGUGGACAAAUAAAUAAACCUUGUGCGAGGUCCACCCAUGGGAGUAGAAAAGAAAAUAUCACUAUGUUGACAGGCGCAAGCGCUAAUGGCAAGAAGUUGCCGCCUUUGAUUGUAUUUAAAGGCAAAUUUGUUUGGGAUCAGUGGAUGGCUGAACUGGUUGGUGGUGAUUACGAUUUCGAAUUAUCGUAUGCAGCCAGUACUAAAGGGUGGAUGAAAACAGACAUUUUCUAUAAUUAUAUAGAAAAAGUUCUUAUCCCAAGUCUGGGCGAGGAGCGCCCGGUUCUUAUUGUUUAUGAUGGUCACUCAACUCACGUCCAUGUAAGAGUUGUGGAACUAGCAAUACGAAACCGUAUCACAAUUCUUAAACUACCGCCACACACAUCACAUUUGCUGCAGCCUCUUGAUAUAGCAGUAUUCAAGUCAUUCAAGUCAAUAUGGGAUGCCAAACUAGUAGAGUGGCAGCCUAGAAAUGUCGGCAUGAAAAUGUCAAAAAAAGUUUUCGCUCAAGCGCUGGCAGAUACUUGGAGAGAAACAAACCCCAAUAUUAUCAAAAGUGGAUUUAGAAAAGCUGGGAUUUUCCCUUUCAAUGCGCACGUGAUACCUGUGGACAAAUAUGAUCCAGAUGCAUAUAAAAGGUACCAAAAAAAGACAUUAGAAGAACAUUUAGCUUGCACACAACCAACACCAAAAAAUCCGAAGUCACUACAAGAAAUUUGUAUUGGCUUGUUUAACAAUCAACUUGCAACAACAAAUGAUGCUCUUGAAAAUGCAAAUACCGAUGACGUUACCUUGCUGUCGCAAAUUUCAAAGUCCAGUAUCCAAACUUUGAGUUUUGUGGCCAGACAGCUAACCCAACUACCUGCAUGUUUACAGAAAUCGUCAAACACUGAUAAGGAUACCUUGUUGUCUCUGAAUUCUAAUCAAACAUCAACUCAAAAUUUAUCAAAAAUAAAAAUAAUCUCGAACGUUAUAAUCAACAAAGCAUCUCCACAGUUACUUCAAGCUCAACGACUACCCGAGCCAUCAUGCACAUUCGAAGAACUGCUUUUAAGAAAAAUACAACAGGACAAAAAAGAUAAUAAACUGACAAAAAGGAAACGUGUCACUAAAGGUGCUGAAGUGAAAACAGCAACAAUGGGUAAGAAAAUUUUAGAAGAAACUGUAAAAGCUAAGAAAGCGAAAGCAAACCCCAGUAAAAUUUACAAAAAAAGAACAGCAAAAGUAAAAAAUAAGGAAGAUUCUGAAAUAACAAUAUUUACAGCACAGCAACAAGAACAUCAUCCAGGCCCUUCAGGCAUAAGGAAUAAGAAGAAACGAAAACACCAGCCUUCACUUGACAGCAUAACUAGUGUAUCCGACAUUAUGAGCUAA